AUGCAAGUUAAUCAAAGCGGUGCGGACAGGGCUGAGUUUGUCAAGAGUAUGCACCAGCAGGUUCAGAAAACCCUUGAGACUAAGGCUGAGAAGAACCGGGUCAAGCUCAACCGCGGCCGCAAGGAGGUUAUCUUUCAACCGGUUAAUUGGGUCUGGCUUCACAUGCGUCCGAAAAGGUUUCCUGCAGAAAGAAAAUCCAAGUUGGCGCCUAGAGGUGAUGGUCCAUUCCGGGUAUUAGAGAAGAUCAACGACAAUGCCUACAAGCUCGAGCUACCAGGAGAGUUCAAGGUGUCCCCAACGUUCAAUAUUUCUGAUUUGGCCCCCUAUCUUGAAGAUGAUGAAGAAGUUCUGAGGACAGAACCUUCUCAAGGGGGAGGGGAUGUUGUGGUCACCCAAGCUGAGGUUCCCCAAGUUCAUAAGGGUCCGACUACCAGGUCAGGUGCGAGGAACUUAAGAAAUGGUUUUACCAAGGCUAUCCAAGAGAUGAUUGAUCAAGGCCUCAAACAGCUACUGAUCCAAGAGAUGUCCGGGUUAAAGAUUGAAGAUCCAACCGGCUCCAAAGAGGUUCAAGACCAGACUGGUCCGAUUCAGUUCUCUUCCAUCGUCCAUAACCGAACCGGUCUGAUCAUUUCCACAUUCGACCUCGGUUCAGAAUCAAUCUCCAAUCCAACCAACCAAUUUGCUUCCGCUUCAGAGAUAUAG